AUUCAGUUUUGUUUCAAUGGUGAAAGUGAUCUCAUCAGUGGUGUAUUUUUUUCCGAACUCGUAUCCAUUAUAACAGGGGAAUGGCAAAACACACACAACUCCUUUCGUUAGUAAUAGCCUUUAUCCUUUUUGUGCAUCAUGGGGCUUACGGACAGUCUUGUCAAAAUUCUACCAAAACGGGUUUUAAUGCCAUCAGAGAACAGAUCAACCUGUUGGAAAAUGAAAUCGGUAUAUUGAGCGACAUUAUGCAAAGCGCGGCAUGGUCGAUAGUCAACUUGAAGGCAUCUUUAGGCCGAAUCAAAUUCACAAUGGAUACGACAGUCGGUGGAGGAGUGUCAAACGAAACGCAAGAUUGCAGUAAUGAAUGCGGUGGAACAGGCUGUAACCCAAGCUGUAUAAAUAUGAACAUGGCUGAUCUUUUGGCGCAAUAUUUCAAUGAACACAAGGUUGUCGAAAUAAAGUUCUUAAAUGGAAGCUCGAUUGUCAGUGGAUGCAAUGGCACUAUCGACCAUGAAGUACCACCAGCAGGUCGCAUGAUUAAAUCUUGCCAAGAAGCACACAAAACUGGAACAUAUAUUCUCAACCUUAACGGAAAUGAAAAUGAUAGUUUUUCCGUGCAUUGCGAUGCCGAUUAUGAAGGAGGAGGUUGGGCCGUUAUACAACACCGAUUCGUUGGAACAAUGGAUUUCUAUCGUAACUGGACUGAUUACAAAGAAGGAUUCGGUGAAUUAGAAGGUGAAUUUUGGCUGGGCAAUGACAAAAUUCAUCAGUUGACCAAGGACCAGCCUCGUGAGAUACACUUCCUUUUGACGGAUUGGGAUGACAGAACGGCCAUAGCGAAAUAUACAUCUUUUCAAAUAGGAAGUGAGGUUGAAAAAUAUGUUCUCAAGAGUAUUGGAUAUUAUAGCGGGACCGCCGGAGAUUCCUUUACGGCGCAUUUAAAUUCAAAGUUCUCAACCCCAGAUCAGGACAACGAUUUGAAGAACGUAAACUGUGCAAACUUAUACCAUGGUGCAUGGUGGUAUGCAGCGUGUCAUCUUUCCAACCUAAAUGGAAAAUAUGUGAGAGGGACAGUCAGUGAAUAUGCUACCUCUAUGGGCUGGUACACCUUCAUGGGACAUUAUUACGGGUUGAAGUCCUCCAAAAUCAUGGUUCGGAUCUAGAAGUAGCAGCCAUAAUAAUUAAUUCAAAUCUGCUACAAUCAAAACCGUAUUUCGCUGACAAUUGGAUAUUUCGAGCUGUUUAUAUUUUUUUAAAGAACGAUUUCGACAAAUACAAUAACUUCAUGCCACAAUAAUAAGUUUAUAUUGAUUCUGUUUAUUUGAAACGAUUUCUUUUGCUUUUUAAAAUUCUUAAAAAUCAGAGUAUACAGCGGUAACUGAUGCCAACUUGGUUUAAGUUAGACGAUAAAUCCAAACUAUCAUCAAAUUGGUACGAGUUAGACACUAAAUCUAAACACUUCACACAACAUAUCGUCGAUGUUGUGCUAUCUUAUGACAAACGCCAUUUUGGGGUAAACUGAGUUAGAUAUGCCACAAUACUUAUCUAAAAAUCUCUACAAAGUAGCGUUUUCUGAAUUUUGCAAUUUUGUUUGAUUACUGAGAUAUAGCGAAAAACGUACUGAGAAAUUUUUAAUUGUUUGCUUCAAAUGACUGUGUCUGGGGAUCGGCUCAAAUUAUCGUGAUGCAUAAAAUGUUUUUG